ACGCACGCAGCACCCCGCUGCCGGCGGCGGCGGCCUCGUUGCGGACGACAAACAACUGCUAGUUCUUGGGGAUGCCCGCCCGUCCCCUCCUAACAUUCUUCACCGUUUCCAUUUAAAAAUCCCUCUUGGCUCUGUGCUCCGCUCCCCUCUCCUCUCAGAUUCUGUAUAUAUUAGCUGCUGAUUGCGGGGAAGCAAAUCUCGGUCUGUCCAUCCUUUUACUUCGCUAGCUCCUCCGCCUCUUUGUUCUUGCUGUCGGUGCUGAGCUAAGCUGGGCGGCAGCUUUGUUGGUGUGCAUUCCGGCCGUGGGGAGAUGAAGAAUGGGCACGCCGAAAAGCACCGGGUGGCCGUCAUCGGCAGCGGCAACUGGGGCAGCGUCGCCUCCCGCCUCAUCGCCUCCAACACCGCCAAACUGCCCGCCUUCCAUGAUGAAGUAAGGAUGUGGGUGUUUGAAGAAACAUUGCCGACGGGUGAGAAGCUAUCUGAGUCCAUUAACCAGGCGCAUGAGAACUGCAAAUACUUGCCUGGUAUAAAGCUUGGAACUAAUGUCAUUGCCGUCCCUGACUUGGAGAGUGCAGUCAAAGACGCAGAUAUGCUGGUUUUUGUGACCCCCCAUCAGUUUGUGGAGGGUAUAUGUAAGAAGCUUGUGGGCAAAUUAAGACCCGGAGCAGAGGCUAUAUCUCUCAUCAAGGGCAUGGAGGUAAAGAUGGAAGGACCAUGCAUGAUAUCAAAAUUAAUUACUGAUACACUUGGAAUCAAUUGUUGCGUCCUCAUGGGUGCUAACAUUGCAAAUGAGAUUGCUGUUGAGAAGUUCAGUGAAGCAACAAUUGGAUAUCGGGAAGAUAAACAUGCAGCGAAUCGUUGGGCUAAACUUUUCUCCACUUCUUACUUCUUGGUUGCUGUUGUAGAAGAUAUCGAGGGAGUAGAACUAUGUGGGACACUGAAAAAUGUUGUGGCCAUUGCAGCAGGCCUUGUCGAUGGCUUGGAUAUGGGAAACAACACCAAGGCUGCAAUAAUGAGGAUUGGUUUGCGGGAAAUGCGUGCUUUCUCUAAGCUUCUGUUCCCUUCAGUCAGAGACAACACUUUCUUUGAGAGCUGUGGUGUGGCUGACCUUAUAACUACAUGUCUUGGUGGCAGAAACAGGAGAGUGGCAGAAGCCUUUGCAAGAAACGGCGGCAAAAGGUCUUUUGAUGAGCUAGAGGCAGAGAUGUUGCAUGGACAGAAACUCCAGGGGGUAUCUACUGCAAGAGAGGUCUAUGAAGUAUUGACUUAUCAUGGGUGGCAGGAGCUGUUUCCGCUUUUAUCAACUGUGCAUGAGAUCUGUAUCGGACAACUGCCUCCUACAUCGAUAGUUGAAUACAGUGAGCACACACCCAACCUCUCCCUCAUCGGUGGUUCUACUCCAUGUUACUGAGCUAGAUGCUGAAAUCUGUAUUACUGCCUCCGUUCCCACUAUGACUUGUUAUGAUCAAAACAAGGCGAGGUAUUCUGGAUGUUUUGAUAUGAUUGUUCCGCCAUGUAACUUUUGAAGGGCAUGUCCCUCUUAGUCCAUGCUUCAGUUUCCAGUUGGUUGAAACUUGGUUUCUAAUCUUACAAAGAAAUCAGUGAAUUAGAUGGUGUGUUUGAUGA